UGAAAAGCGAAAAUCGUAAUAAACUUUUUGUUCUUAUGUCAACUCUUUAUUUAUAGUAACUUGUAAGAAAUUCAUCGCAAUUUUAUAGAAGUAACAUGAUUAAGUUAUUUUCAUUAAAACAACAAAAGAAAGAUGGGGAAUCUGGACCCGAAAGGGGCAAGAAAUCAUCAGCAGCCCAACUCAGAAUCCAAAAAGAUAUAAAUGAGUUAAACUUACCUAAAACCUGUCAAGUUGAAUUUGCUGAUCCUGAUGAUUUGUUGAACUUUAAAUUAAUCAUAUGUCCAGACGAGGGAUUCUAUAGAAAUGGUCGCUUUGUGUUUAGUUUUAAAGUAUUUCAAGGAUACCCUCAUGAUCCUCCUAAAGUAAAAUGUGAGACAAGGGUGUAUCAUCCUAAUAUAGAUUUAGAUGGAAAUGUGUGUCUGAACAUUUUAAGAGAAGAUUGGAAACCAGUGCUAGCUAUUAAUUCUAUCAUUUAUGGAUUACAAUAUCUCUUUCUUGAACCUAAUCCAGAAGAUCCUUUAAAUAAAGAAGCUGCAGAAGUACUUCAAUCUAAUCGUAGACUAUUUGAACAAAAUGUAAAUAAAUCCAUGCGAGGCGGUCAUGUUGGAUCUGUGUAUUUUGAUCGUUGCUUGAAAUGAUGAGUGCGUUAUUUAGGACUUCACAUAUUUGUAAUUUAAAGGAAAGAAAACUUGUGGCCAAUAUUUAACUGAGGGUCUAUUCCAUUGGUUAAUGGCUUUAUAUGUGAGUGAAAAUAACCAAAUAAGGUUAAUGGGUUGAGAGAACAAUGAUUUCAUUGGCUACUUUCUUUGUGAUAUUUGGAAUAAAUGUAAGCUACUGUUUAAUUGGAUAACAUUAUUUCCCUACCUUACUUUAAUUGUUGUUUAUAAUCUACUUUGUUCUAUAUUAUUUCUAAGUUUCAAAAUACUUAUGAUAAAACUAUGAAUUCAAUUUUGUUCAGUCAAAAAAAUUUAAAACAUUACUAUUCUCAAAUGUAGAGAAAUCAUCUGAAAAAUAUCAUAGCAUAAUUACCAUACAAAACAGUAAAUAGUAAAAAUAGUAUUUCGACAAAAAUAGAAUUAUUUGCCAACAUUUAUUCAAUGCUUAUUUUUCCCUUGUACAAUUAACAAACCAAUACCCCGAGCAAACAUAAUCUUCAUCAUUGAUUUCAAGAAUGAAUUUUUUGAUCAAAGAAUGAAAUUGUCUUUGUGAUACACAGUGGUUGUUUUUUUCGCUUUGAUAUCUAAACAUUUGAUCAGCUUGUUCCAGCUCUGCAACUAGCAGAAGUGCCAUCCCUAAAGGUUGAUUUUAACUUAAACUGAAAAGUACAUUUUUGCUUGAUUAGAUCAGUUUAUUUAUUCUUUUUUCAUUACCAGUAUUUUUUUCUUGAACUUGUUCCUACUCCUUCUUGUGAUUUGCCAGUCAUGUCCAUCAGGAACUCAGAAAAGUCAAGCAUUUAAUUAGCAAGGUGUGUUUUUUAUAGAAUCAAUCAAAGCUAGAUAUCCCCCCAUGUAUCUGAGCUCUAUAUUAAAGAUAGAUUGUCAUAUUGUGUACAACAAGUGUAUAUGAUAUAUCAUUGUUAUAAUUAUAUUGUAUGCAAUUAAAAUAUGAAAGUGGAUAAAAUGUUUACACAUAGAAUGUAUAAAAACUGUUUGUCACUCCUUGGCAAAAAAUAGAAAAGAUUUAACUUUAUUU